GAUCGGGCAAUUCUGAGAUCGGCCAAUGUGAACUGCGGGCGAUCGGCCCUCAAUGUUGCCAUUUCUUGCCUUCUACGCUGAAGUCUUGCCAAAUUUGUUAUCUAAAGUUUGGUGGUAUCGCUGCGGCCAAGUUAUCACGGCUCAAGGGUGGGGCCAGUUGCCACCAUGAACGCUCUGAUAUGGGAUACGAACUCUCCAUCCGGAGUUUUCUCUUGUACCUUAUAUCAUGUGCUGAUUCCUUUAUGUUGUUCUGAUUGUCCCACCUGUCACAAGGUCUUGAAAACAAGAGCCUGUCUUCCCCUCAACCCACCAACACUCUGUACAACAUGAAGACCUCAUCCAUCCUCACCUACCUCCAAGUCCCCACAACCGAGCGAACAAGUUCCUCACCAUGGAUAAACGACGACAUCAGACCCAUGCCGCCCUCGCGCCGACAAUGGGGAAAACUAGCUUUCAUCUCCUUCUGGGCCAUCAACCAAAUCUGCCUCUCGAACUGGCAAGUCGGUAGCUCGCUCAUCGCCGUUGGUCUCUCGGUUUGGCAAGCCAUGAUAGCCACCAUAAUCGGGAAACUCAUCAUCUCGGCCGUCGCUAUCUCGAACGGAUACGUUGGAGCGCAAUGGCAUAUCGGUUUCCCGGUGUAUGCACGAGUUAUCUGGGGGAUGUAUGGAUCGUACUUGGCGCUCGUUCAACGUAUUCUGUUAGGUCUUGUUUGGUUCUCUGUUCAAAGCUGGACGGGAGGGCUAUGCAUUACAGCUGUGCUGGGAGCAAUGUUCCCCUCGUUUCAUCACAUGAAGAAUCACUUCCCAGAAAGUGCGAACAUGACUACGACUGAGUUUAUCGGAUGGGUCGUUUACAACUUAAUCACGAUCCCGAUGCUGUACAUGCCGCCGGACAAGACGAAGAAGCUGUUCAUUACCAUGAAUAUUAUUUCGCUUGUGACGCUUGUUUCUAUCAUGAUUUGGGCGUUGAGUGCUGCUCAUGGAGCUGGACCUCUUUUGUCAGCUCCUGCAACAGCAUCCUCUGGUUCUGAUCUCGGUUGGGCAAUUGUGAAAGGGGUUACGACGGUCAUUGGAUCCAUUGCUGUUGGUCUAACCAAUCAACCAGAUUACUCCCGUUUCGCCCGUCAUCCCGGAGACCAAGUAUUCGGGCAAUGGUUUUCUAUCCUCUCAUUUGGAACUGUCCUCCCUCUCUUCGGCUGCCUCACCUCCUCCGCAACCCAACAGCUCUAUGGAGAAGCAAUUUGGAACCCACCAAACAUCGUCCUUCAAUGGCUUACCGAUUCCUAUUCCUCCGGAACUAGAGCUGCAUCAUUCUUUGCCGGAGUCGGGUUGGUGGUUUGUCAGCUCGCCAUCAACACUAUCGACAACUCUUUCUCCACUGGCAUGGAUCUUUCGGGAUUAUUCCCCAAAUAUAUCAACAUUCGGCGAGGAGCAUAUAUCGGGCUUGUCAUAUCAAUCGCCAUGUGCCCCUGGGAACUUCUCAACUCCGCUGGGACAUUCAUCAACGUCAUGUCCGCUUAUUCGGUUUUUCUGGGACCCAUGUGUGGCAUUCAAAUCUGCCAUUAUUGGCUGAUUUGCAAUCGUCGCAUCAAGCUUUCGGAUCUUUAUGAUCCACACAAGGGCGGAGUGUAUUACUAUACCAAGGGUCUGAAUUACAGAAGUUUUGUAGCUUGGAUUGUGGGAUGGGCGACACAGAUGCCAGGGUUUAUCAAUGCUGUGAACCCGAAGAUCAGCGUCGAGAAGCCUUUGCAAGAGCUGUAUUACCUUGCGUUUCCGUUGGGUUUUGUGAUAAGUUUCCUUGUGUACUGGCUAUUGAACAAGGCAGAUCCCCCAAGAGGCUUGGAUGAGAUGGACGAGGUCGACUACUUCGGAACAUUUACGCCAGCUGAGGCGGAGAAGAUGGGAUUGAGAGAAGCGAGUGAUAUUGAGGGAGUGGAAGUUCGGCAAGGAGGCAAAGAGGUUGAUCCGGAUCUAAAAGCAUUUGAUUGAAGCUAAGCAUCUAGCCAUAACUGAUUACAAUAGAAUAUUAGAAGCAAGCAGUAACCACCG